AUGCAUAUGCUGAAAUGCUUUUUGUUCUUCCUGCUGUGCAGUACUUUAGGGUAUGGCUUUACGUUCUCUUCUCUGAGAGAGAAAGCCAAAGAACCUGUGGGUGACGUGCCUUGUGGAGGCCACUUUCGGAUGAGGCAGAAUCUAUCUGAUCAAGCCAAAGGCUGGCUUGGGAGUAAAUGGAUCUGGAUGUUGUUUGUUGGACUACUCUAUGCUGUAGUAAGAUUCCGAGGAGAAGGUGACAGAAAUAAGGAUAAGGACCUAAACAGCGGAAACUGUUCGUACCGCCCCCUACAAAAGAAAAAUCAGAAUGCUGCCCCUAACAAAGACUACGCACUGAAUACUUUAACCCAACUGGAGAUGGAUCUGGUGACAUUUGUGUCUAAAGUGCGAAGUCUCAAAGUGGCCAUGGCAACUGGUAAUUCCCUCAAGCUUCCGGGCUCAGAGGUCCCUUCAGAUUCACACAACAAUAUUACAAUAUAUGAAAUAUGGGGAGAAGAUGAUUCUGACUAG